UUAGCUUUGGAUUUUCAGCCCCCUAACUCACUGGUCCUAUCGGCCGGAGCUGGCUUACACACAUUCGUUCUAAAGUCGUUUCUCGAGUUUUCACUCGUCCACUCCCUCCAACCAGUCACUCAUUAUCUAUGAGCAUCAUCUCAUCCGUCAUUUGAUCUCGAUUUAUCCGUAGUAUCCAUCACAACCAACAUCCAGAAUGCGUGUCACAACAGCGUUCUGGUUCGCGGCAGCCACACUCGCCAAAGCCGCCUACUGGAUGGAGGACGUCCCGCACCGGGGCAUCUCAGCAUACCAUCCGGACCCCAACUACCAAGUCUUCCGCAACGUCAAGGACUUCGGCGCCAGGGGAGACGGCGUCACGGAUGACACUGCUGCCAUCAACCUCGCUAUCUCUUCUGGCCAGAGAUGCGGACCGGGCACUUGCAAGGGCGAGACCACAUCGCCGGCAACCGUCUACUUCCCCCCUGGAACUUAUCUCAUCUCGGGUUCCAUCAUCGACUACUUCUAUACCCAGAUCAUUGGUGACCCAACUGACCGCCCCGUCAUCAAGGCUACCGCCGACUUCCCCACCAACACAACUCUUGGCCUUCUCGAUGGAAACCAGUACGGCGCAGACGGCCUGGCAUGGGGUGCGACCAACGUCUUCUUCAGGCAAGUCCGCAACCUCGUCUUCGAUACCACCGCCAUCCCGGCCUCGGCGGCUGCUUAUGCGAUCCACUGGCCGUCGUCUCAAGCCACUUCCAUUACCAACUGCGCCUUCUACCUUGCCGAAGGGCCAGACAGCAAGCAUGUCGGCCUCUUCAUAGAGGAGGGCUCUGGAGGUCUCCUCAAUGACCUGGAAUUUUACGGAGGACAGUACGGCGCCAGCUUCGGUAACCAGCAAUACACCCUUCGCGGGGCUAGUAAGUCGGCUCAAACCCGUUCGUUCGUUCGUUCGUUCGACCGUGUUGCUGAUGUCGAGAUUCUAGGCUUCUUCAACGUCCAGGUAGCCAUCAACCAGAUCUGGGAUUGGGGCUGGACUUACAAGAGCAUCUACAUCGAGAACUGUGGCACCGGCAUCCGUAUGCAGGACGCCGGCACCACCUCCAUCACUCUCAUCGACUCGGAUUUCGUCAACGUCGAGACCGCGAUCCGCUCCAGCCGCGACCCGGACGCCUCCGUGCCCACCACGGCCGGCACGCUCGUCAUGGAGAACGUCGGCUUCGUCGGGGUCAACGCCAUCCUCCUCGGCCCCCAGAACAACACCAUCAUCCCCGGGUCCUCGGAGAGCGUCCGCAGCCAGGGCUUCGCCAUGGGCCACAUCUACACGCCCACCGGCCCGACCGACUACACCGGCGACGACGCCGCCUACUUCCCCGUCUACCCUGCCCUCCAGGGCGUCUCUUCGACCGGCGGCACCAAGUACUAUGAGCGUUCCAAGCCGCAUUACGCGGACCUCCCCGCGAGCAACUUCAUCUCGGCCCGCGACUUCGGCGCCGCCGGCGACGGCAGCACGGACGACACGGUGGCGCUGAACAACCUCCUCAACUACGUGACCGCCGACCCCUCCGCCAGCCUCGUCGCCUUCAUCGACGCCGGCACGUACUACGUCUCCGACACCGUCUUCAUCCCCCCCGGCGCGCGGGUCGUCGGCGAGGCCCUCGCCUCCAUCAUCAUGGGCGGCGGCGCCCAGUUCCAGGACAUCACGAACCCCCACCCGGUCGUCAAGGUCGCCCUCCCCGGCCAGUGCGGCACCGUCGAGUGGUCCGACAUGAUCGUCUCGACGCGCGGCGCGGCGCCCGGCGCCAAGGUCAUCGAGUACAACCUCAACUCCCUCGGCGAGCCGGCGGGCAUGUGGGACGUGCACGUCCGCGUGGGCGGCUUCGCCGGCACGCAGCUGCAGCUCGCGCAGUGCCCCACGACGCCCGAGGUCGCCGUCACCGCCGACACGGUCGACGCGAACUGCAUCGCCGCCUUCAUGAGCAUGCACAUGACCAAGUCGAGCUCCAACCUGUUCGUGGAGAACUGCUGGCUCUGGGUCGCCGACCACGACCUCGAGGACCCCAACUACACGCAGGUGACGGUCUACGCCGGCCGCGGCCUGCUCGUCGAGUCGGCCAACGGCAGGGUCUGGCUCUCGGCUUCGGGCAGCGAGCACCACACGCUCUACCAGUACCAGCUCGUCAACACGCGCGACGUCUACAUGGGCCAGGUGCAGUCCGAGACGCCCUACUACCAGCCGAACCCCGUCGCCUCCGUCCCCUUCCCCCGCGUCCAGGGCUACCACGACCCGGACUUCGAGGCGGACUGCCGGGACCACGACCCGAGCGCGCCGCCGUGCGAGAUGGCGUGGGGCCUGCGCGUCGUCGCCAGCCGCAACGUCGUCGCCUUCGGCGCCGGCCACUACUCCUUCUUCAACAACUACAGCACCGCCUGCUGCCAGAUCGGGGCCGGCGCCCGGUGCCAGCAGAGGAUCGUCGACGUCCGCGACGGGCCGGCCGACUACGCUGUCCCCACGAUGGGCGUCGAGGUGUACAACCUCCAGAUCGUCGGCACGACGGCCAUGGUCACGAGGGACGGGACGGACGUCGCCUUUUACAGGGACAACGUUGCCGGGUUCACGGCCGGUAUCGCGCUGUACCAACACUAGGCUGUUUGUUUUUCUUUCGCUGCACCAGUACUCAAUACAAUCAAUCAUUUCUUCUGUCGCCGGUUGUUUCCAUUGUGUCCUCCCGACUCUGUCCUCUCCCCUCUUUUUCUUUUCUUUCUAAAACGUAAAAGCCAAAGUC